GACAGCGCCACACGCUCCGCAAUAUUUUAAUAAUAAAAUUUUGUUAUCCGGGAGUUUGGAAAAAAUGUCGAAUAGUAAUCUUUUUAUGAAGUCGGGCUUCCCAAGAGCGCCCCUUCAGAAUGGUGUGGGUCGCUAUAUUUGCCAACUGCAACGAAUAACCCUCAAAUACUGCAAACAUCACGGCGGGAGCAAAGGAAUGAGGGAUUUCCUCGAGAAUAGCCUUCUGGACUAUGCAAAAUCCAAUCCAGGAGUUGUUGUCUACGUAAAACCCCGCCGGCAUCGUGCUCCAGUAAUUACGGCAGAGUAUUUAAAUGGUGAGAAACAGUGGAUUAAUUGCAAUAAUCGCCCCCACGAGGAAAUAAUAAAAUGGAUGGAAUUGCUGAGGAAGCAAAAUAGUGAUUCAUCAGCUGUGCGUUGGAGGAAGCUCUGGCACACGGAUGUGCCAUCAAUUCAGGGUGUCUGGACACCCUUUACCCAUCGCAAUCCUCAGCAGAAUCUUACACAGUACCCCAGUGAAAGUGCACGACAACCCAUAGAAUGGCCAACGUCUGCCACGGAAAUCCUUAUGGAAAUGUACAAGAAACAGGAAGCCAGUAAAGAGCAGGAAACUGACAAGGAGCAAUGAAGCGAAUCGUCGUUGAGUUUCACCUCUCCACCAUUUAGUCCUCUAGCCUACAUUGAUUUUUCAAUGGAUUAGAAAAGCCGGAAAAAUAGAAGAAAAUGAAAUAUAUUAAAUUUUUUAAAAAUUA